AGUCGCCCGGCUGGCGGUAGAAACCCCUAGGCUGCCCGGUGUUCCGGGUGUUUAUUGUCCAGCAAAGGCGUGGCAAAGUACUCGGGGUGUUGGGACAGGGCGUGUCCUUGAAGUUGAGCGCGGUUAGGACGGAGUCUCUUAGAAAGGGCCUCUUGAGAGUUUCAGGCAGGCUUGGGAUUGGGAGUCAAAAGUAUGAAGUUGUUCCAAACGGUGCUGGGGCAUUGCAUGAGAAAGGUCGGGAGGGAAAACUGGAAAGAAAAGUCAGUCGGGCCACACGAAUGAAGGCCUUAAGGUUGAAUUCUUCUCUAUUGAAAUCUUAGGAGGAAGGAAAAUGAGACCUGGAUCCCUGUAGCUGGAUGUCACUGAUCAGAGUGAAUCGCUUUGGUCCCCGGGGAGGUGGAAGAAAAACUCUGAAAGUGAAGAAGAAAGCCACAGUGAGGCAAGAAUGGGAUAAUACUGUGAAUGAUCUAACCGUUCACCGGGCAACUCCUGAAGAUCUGGUACGCCGUCAUGAGAUACACAAGUCAAAGAACAGAGCAUUGGUGCACUGGGAACUUCAAGAAAAAGCUUUGAAGAGAAAAUGGAAGAAGCAGAAACCAGAAACUUCCAGUCUUGAAAAAAGAAGAUUAUCUAUCAUGAAGGAGAUUCUUUCUGAUCAGUACCAGAUGCAGGAUGUGCUGGAGAAGUCGGAUAAUUUGAUGGCCGCAGCCAAAGGUCUGUUUGCUGAUGUUCCUCGUAAGCGCACAGGGUUUCCAAAUGUAACCAUGGCUCCAGAUUCCUCUCAGAGUCCCAUUGGAGUGAAUCAAGACCCUGGCACCCAGUCUGCCCUUAAUGAAUCUCUCAUAGAGCCUCAGGCUCUUAAUGAAGUAGAUGGGGAAGGAGAAGAGAGCACGGUUCACAGCCAGUCAGAAGACAGCGAGAGUGAACUGCCCACCUCCCUCAGCUCGCAGUCUAACAGGAACACAGAGAGGUUUCUUCACCAACUAAAGGAAGAGAACUCUGAGUUAAUCAAUCAAUUGUGGACUGAUAUUCAGCAGAAACUAGCUACCCAGUCACAGGGAACCCCUCUGGGAACCCCGUCCCUGGCGCUCUCAGCGGAGGAACAGAAAGAUGCUCUGAAUGCGACCGACGCCAUCAAGAGACUCCAGGCUGGGCUUCAGCCCGAGGAGUCCACUGAGACUGCAGACUCCAGCUAUGUGGUGGGACAAGUGCUGAACUCAAGGAAGCAGAAGCAGCUGCUAAAUAAAGCGAAAAGCAAACCAGAUAUCCGUGCUCCUUCUAAGCAGAAGAAAAACAUGUUAUCCUCCAGCACAACCUCCACAGACUUACCAAGUAGCAACAACUCGAGCUUGGAUAUCCUCAAACACAUGAUCCACGAAGUGGAACAUGAAAUGGAAGAGUAUGAGCGGUGGACGGGGCGUGAGGUCAAGGGGCUGCAGGGUGGCCAGGGACUCACAGGCUUCACUCUGUCGCUGGUGAGCUCCCUCUGCCGCCUGGUGCGGUACCUUAAAGAGAGUGAGAUUCAACUGCGGAAAGAAGUAGAGACAAGGCAGCAUCUGGAACAGAUGUUAGGUGAUCACCGAGAGCUCAUCGAUGCUCUGACCGCAGAAAUUCUUCUCCUCAGAGAAGAAAAUAGUACCACACAGGCGAGACUUCAGCAGUACAUGGUCUCUACAGACGAGCAGCUUAUAUCGCUCACACAUAUCAUUAAGAACUGUCCUGUGAUAAAUAACUCCAGACAAGAAAGUCAAGCAUCAGAAAGGGCAACUCUGGGUAGAAGACUUAUGGAUAAUGUAGAGGGUCCUGUUGUAAGCAGUAAUGUCUCCAUGCCAUUGAUGUUCAGAGGGGAAGAAGCCGUUGACUUCCCACAGGAAGAGCUGCCUGUUAAACUCUCUCAGGGGCCGACCCCCACAGAGAACUUGAAUCUGGCCAGUAAUUUCCCAGCACAUAUUUUCGAGCCAGCUGUGAUGUUAACACCACCCCGGCAGAAGAGCAACUCGGAAUUCUCUCCUCUGCAGGAUGUAUUGAGGAGAACGGUUCAGACCCGCCCUGCUCCACGAAUCCCCCCUACUGUGGAAGUCAUAGAGAAAGGACAGAACUGGGAAAAGAAGACCUUGCCUGUUGAUCCAGACAUUCAGAACUCAAGUGAGGAAAAUCGCCUCUUCACUCAGAGGUGGAGGGUUUCUCACAUGGGGGAAGAUGUGGAGAACAAAACUCAGGCACCGUUUGUUAGCCUGUCCCAGCCCCCUUGCGGUUCCCUUCCCACCACUCAGCAGUCGAGAAAUCCUGCGUUCCCCGAAGAGCCCCCAGUGCUCGGAGACGGGCAGCAGCUUAGAACAAACGAGGCGCUGGCACAGAGGAAGGACAUAAUGGCACGGAUUGCCGAGUUGACGCUGCAGAAUUCAGCCAUCAAGGCACACCUGAAUAAUAUUACCCGGUCGGUGGGAGAGCAAGGGGAUGGACUUCGGGAGCCGAGCAAACAGGGAAGUGCCGGUGACCUGCCUGCUAAUUUCCCAGUAGUUCAAUCUCUAGUGCCAAGCAGCAUGGAGGAGCGGAUUGCGGAGUUGAACCGGCAGAGCAUGGAGGCCCGCAGCAAACUGCUCCAGCUCAUAGAGCAGCAGAAGCUCGUUGGUUUGAACCUUUCCUCGUCGCCCGCAUCACCCAUUCAGUCGCCUCUCAGAGCCUGGGCCGGUGGGUCACCGACUCCUGACUUCCAGAUAGAAACACUUUCCCCUCUCAGAGCCUGGGCCGAAGAAGGAAAGCGAACCAUAGAGGUGUCUGUUCCAGGAGUGGAGGCUCCAGAGAGUUCGAAAUGCAACACCGGGUCUCCUGUCAGUGUGAUCAGUUCAAGAAGAUCUUCAGGGGCUACUAGUAAUUCUUGUUCUCCGCUAAAUGCCACCUCAGGAAGUGGGCGAUUCACACCUGUUAAUCCAAGAACAAAGACGGAAAAACAACAUGAAGAAGGCUGGUUCGCUCUCUCCGCCCACAUGUCCUAGAGAAGAUGAAUUGGGGCAUGCCUCAGUGACUCAUCCCUCCUUCCCUUUCCUCUUCGGGGAUCCUCUUUUCAAGUUGUGACAUUUUCUUUAGAUAAAACCUGCAGAGAUAUCCUGUAUUAAUGGAAACAAGGAAAAGAACAAUUAUUUUUUAAUAUUUUACCUUUUCAAAUAGGUUUUUCACAAAGGAUCUAACCUAUGAAUUUCCUGUGAAUAAAACUUUGACUGUAAGAAAAUUUAAGUUUUAUAUUUGAUUGACCUUGUUAAACUUUUUAGUAAUACAUUGUUACCCUUGUCAUUGCUGUUGAAGGUUUUGUUUUUGUUAUUGUUCAGUACAUCUUAAAUGUGGAUCAUCUUCCCAGAAGAACUAAAUUGCUUUAUGUAUAACUUAUAAUAAAUUUUUUCUGGCUUUCAGAAAAA